AUGGAGAGUCUUGGUGUGAAAGAUAGAUCAGGGAUUAACAAAAGGAAGAUGGUAAGAGAAGCUCCUAUCAAAUUGGUGCCAAAUAUCUGUGACAAGUGUGGUGCAAUAUUUGCUACUGCUUUUGAAGUGGAGUCUCACUUGCUGGUGCAUAUAGAAAGUGCCAUGUCAGAUAACAUCAUAGAAACAGUUUACAGUUUGAAUCUCAUCAAGUUUUACACCAUUGUGGGAAAACUAUACGUUUUUGGAAGAUAUGCAACAAGAAAUUUUGCAGAGGUGGGAAUAUUACAAAGCACGCUAGUAAAGCAUAUAAGAAUACACAAUGGAGAAAAAUCCUAUGGUUGCAAAGAAUGUGGAAAAACAUUUUCUCAGAAUGUAACAUUAGUGCACCACAUACAAAGACAUACAGUAGAGAAACCUUUUACAUGUAGUCUAAAUGCCCAUAUGGGUGAAAAGCCCCAUACAUAA